AUGGCACAUCUGACUGCUAGUCGUCUUGGCAAUGAAUUGGUCCAAAUCAUUGUCGGUCCCGAGCUCAAAGAAUUCUCUGUCCAUAAAACUCUCAUCAGAUCAACUUGCGACUUCUUUGACAAAGCCUUCAAUGGAAGAUUCAAGGAGGGUAUUGAGAACAAGAUACUUCUUCCCGAGGAUGAUGCAGAAGUUUUCGAAAUCUUCAUCAACUGGAUGUAUUCCGGGCAUCUUAAAGGAGGGUUAAGAGAGCCUAUGGUGAUCAUUAAUAUCUGGAUUUUUGCCCAAAAGUGUCAAGCUAUCACCCUGAAAAAUUGCGCCAUGAAUGCUCUACAAGAUGCACUGGGCGAUGAAAGAAUAGGUCGAUUUGCAUUGUCUAAUUCUGAAGUUGCACAUAUAUACGAGCAUACAACAUGGGGUGAUGAGCUGCGAGUAUUUGCGAUCGCGAUGUUAGCGUGGGAGAUUCCGUUUGGAGAUCCAGAAGAUGUCGCUAAUUUGGAGGAUACAUUCAACGACGUGAACGGCUCAUUGGAAGACGUUUUAGAAUUUACACGCGAUUUUGGAGAGAUGCCUGUUGCUGAUCCAAGAGUUCGAGGCGGUCGGUAUGAUAAAUGUGCGUUUCAUGAGCAUAACGAUAACGAUGAAUAUGUUUGCGUCGCGGCAUUGAAUUCUCAUCAGUAUAGAAAUAUACACUAG